AUGAGCUCCUCAGAGUCGAGCUCCUCAGGAUCCGAGCCUGUAAGCCCAGUCAGUUCGGGGGAGCAGCAUCCUAUGGAGGAUGAGGCUGCAAAUUUUGAUCUUCCAUAUGGCAUGAGUGCUUAUGAACGCCAUCUCCGACUCCAGGAUUACCACCAGUGCAUAGACAAAUGCAUGGACAACUUGAAAGAGCAGAAAUUACACCUCAAUCUUCUUAUGUACCGAGAAUGCGAAAGCGGCUGCUACGACAUAUUGAAGGCUCCAUGA